AUGGCCCGGUUCGGCUUGCCCGCGCUUCUCUGCACCCUGGCCGUGCUCUGCGCCGCGCUGCUGGCUGCCGAGCCCAAGCCGAAAAGUUGCUCGGAAGUGCGACGGCUCUACGUGUCCAAAGGCUUCAACAAGAACGAUGCCCCCACGCACGAGAUCAACGGUGAUCAUUUGAAGAUCUGUCCUCAGGGUUAUACCUGCUGCUCUCAGGAGAUGGAGGAGAAAUACAGCCUGCAAAGUAAAGAUGAUUUCAAAAGUGUGGUCAGCGAACAGUGCAAUCGUUUGCAAGCCAUCUUUGCUUCCCGUUACAAGAAGUUUGAUGAAUUCUUCAAAGAACUGCUGGAAAAUGCAGAGAAAUCCCUCAAUGACAUGUUCGUGAAGACAUAUGGCCGCUUAUACAUGCAGAAUUCCGAGCUAUUUAAAGAUCUCUUCGGAGAGCUGAAGCGCUACUAUGUGGCAGGAAGCGUCAACCUGGAAGAGAUGCUAAGUGACUUCUGGGCUCGCCUUCUGGAGCGGAUGUUCCGCCUGGUGAACUCCCAGUACCACUUUACAGACGAGUACCUGGAAUGUGUGAGCAAGUACACCGAGCAGCUGAAGCCCUUUGGAGAUGUCCCUCGGAAGCUGAAGCUGCAGGUCACCCGUGCGUUUGUAGCAGCCCGUACUUUUGCUCAGGGCUUGGCAGUUGCGAGGGAUGUAGUGAGCAAAGUGUCCGUGGUGAACCCCACUGCCCAGUGUACCCACGCCUUGUUGAGGAUGGUCUACUGCUCCCACUGCCAGGGGCUCGUGACCGUGAAGCCAUGUUACAACUACUGCUCAAACAUUAUGAGAGGCUGUUUGGCCCACCAAGGGGAUCUUGAUUUUGAGUGGAACAAUUUCAUAGACGCGAUGCUGAUGGUGGCGGAGAGGCUCGAGGGCCCUUUCAACAUCGAAUCGGUCAUGGACCCCAUCGAUGUGAAGAUUUCCGAUGCUAUUAUGAAUAUGCAAGAGAACAGUGUGCAAGUGUCCCAGAAGGUUUUCCAGGGAUGUGGACCUCCCAAGCCCCUCCCGGCCGGCCGGAUUUCCCGUUCCAUCUCUGAAGGUGCCUUCAGCGCUCGCUUCAGACCAUAUCACCCUGAGGAACGCCCAACCACAGCAGCCGGCACUAGUUUGGACCGACUGGUUACCGAUGUCAAGGAGAAGCUGAAAGAGGCCAAAAAGUUCUGGUCCUCUCUGCCCAGCACUGUUUGCAACGACGAGAGGAUGGCCGCUGGGAAUGGCAACGAGGAUGGCUGCUGGAACGGGAGAGGCAAGAGCAGAUACCUGUUCGCAGUGACGGGGAACGGGUUAGCCAACCAGGGCAAUAACCCAGAGGUCCAGGUCGACACCAGCAAAACGGACAUGUUGAUCCUUCGUCAGAUCAUGGCCCUUCGGGUCAUGACCAGCAAAAUGAAGAACGCGUACAACGGGAAUGACGUGGACUUCUUUGAUAUCAGCGAUGAGAGCAGCGGAGAGGGAAGCGGCAGUGGUUGUGAGUAUCAGCAGUGCCCUUCGGAGUUGGAGUACAACGCGACUGACCACUCGGGGAAGAGCGCCAGUGAUAAAACCGGCGGCACCGGUGCCCGCAUUGGGGCGCAGCCCUACCUCCUCGCUGUCUCCUGCAUCUUGUUCCUGGUUAUGCAGAGAGAGUGGAGAUAA